ACGGCAGGAAGCUAAAACUGUAGCUAGCUUUUCCAAGACAUACAUAUAUUUUUUAUUUUUUAUUUUAGCUGAAAUUUGCUGACUAGUUAGUCUGACAUGGACUAUAGUGAACACCUCAGACGGAGAACUGACUGACUGCAGAGCCGCUUUCAACAUACCAAGGACGUCAAGAUGAACGUUGGUGUGGCUCACAGUGAGGUGAACCCCAACACUCGGGUUAUGAACAGUCGGGGGAUCUGGCUAACGUACGCACUAGGUGUGGGAAUGCUUCACAUUGUGCUGCUGAGCAUUCCUUUCUUCAGCGUUCCUGUUGUGUGGACCCUCACAAAUGUUAUUCACAAUUUUGGUAUGUACGUGUUCAUGCACGCAGUAAAAGGCACACCGUUUGAAACUCCAGACCAGGGGAAAGCCAGAUUACUCACACACUGGGAACAGCUGGACUAUGGAGUGCAGUUCACAUCAUCCAGAAAAUUCUUCACAAUCUCUCCAAUCAUUUUGUACUUCCUGGCGAGCUUCUACACAAAAUACGACACCGCUCAUUUUGUGAUAAACACAGCCUCCCUCCUCAGUGUGCUCAUCCCCAAAUUGCCACAGCUCCAUGGAGUGCGAAUCCUCGGAAUCAACAAGUAUUAAGCUCACCAAUCAGAGGGACCUGUGCUGAGACCGACUCUGCAGUGAGCUUUUGUCUCACCUGUUAGGAGAGGAGGGAACCCUCUGUGUGUGUGGUGAGGCAGUUUUGUACAGUGUGUAUAAUUUAGUGUCUGUCUUUGCUUAGAUGCACCUGAAGUUAUUACAGGCGUAUGUGAUAAUGCCUUGAGCAUUACUUAAGUAAAUAUUUAAUUUUUUUUUUCUUUCUUCCCUGUCAGUCCUAAUGAAUCUGGGCUGGCCUAGAUUCCCCUUUCUACAUAUUUGCUUUUGUUUGUAGGUGCUCACUACACUGUGAGAAACUAAUGCUUUCUGUUUGUCCCAUUUCUAAACACAGUUAUAAAAGGCUGUUUUUAAGACCAGUUCUUUGUAAGAACUGGACCGUGUAGCUUAUUAGUUUUUCUUUAUAUUCUUUCCUCUAUCAAUGCUUUACAAAACAACAAUAAAGAUGUCCUUGCAUGAUUUUCUGAAGAAAAGAAAAAACAAAGUUUGUUAGAUCAAGUAUUUUGAUAGUGUAUAUAGUCAGUCAUAUGGUGGGUUGAUGUCUCAGUACCUAAGUGACAGGGAAACAUCCAUUAACCAGGCUUUAGUGUUUACUUCCACAAGUCAGAUAUGUUUAUAUACUCAUUCAUUACAACAGUGUGCUUGUUUAGGACAUAACUGUGAAUCUCCUUCAUUACCAAGGCAGCUAGUCCUUUUUGGCUUCUGCUUAUUUAUGGUAUUAUUGGAGCUCAGAAGAUCCCUGUAUGUAAUAUAGGUCCAUUAAAAAAACAUUUGUGCUCA